AUGGAAAACCAAACCUUCAUAGAAGAAUUUGUUUUUAUGGGCUUUUCAAACCACCCCGACCUCUAUGUUCUCUUCUUUUUACUAUUUUUAGCCAUCUACUCAAUAACUCUAGUAGGAAACACUCUGAUCUUAACCCUGAUCAGAACUGAUCUGUCCCUUCACACACCUAUGUACUAUUUCCUCAGCAAUUUGUCAUUUCUAGACAUUUGUUAUAUCUCUGCAACAGUCCCUGUUAUGCUGAUUAACUUCUUUAAACCAAGGAAAACAAUCUCGUAUGUGGGAUGCAUUACUCAACUGUUCUUCCUCAUCACUUGUGCAGGAACAGAAUGUGUGCUGUUGGCAGUCAUGGCAUAUGACCGAUAUGUGGCUAUCUGCAACCCCUUUCAUUAUUCCAGCAUCAUGAGCAAAGGGGCUUGCAUGAAGAUGGCAGCAUUCUCCUGGCUCUGUGGUGGUACAAACUCGCUGGUGCAUACCCUCCUUACGUCAUCCUUAAACAUUUGCAAGUCCCAUGAACUCAGCCAUUUCUUCUGUGAUGUCCCCUUGCUCCUGAAGCUCUCUUGUUCAGACACGUCCAUCAGUGAAGCUGUGCUCCAUCUAGCCAGUGCCUUAAUAGGACUCAGCCCCUGCCUCUUCACUCUGAUCUCCUAUGUCCACAUCAUCAGCACCAUCCUGAAGAUCAAAUCUUCCAAGGGCAGAGCUACAGCUUUCUCCACCUGUGCUUCACACCUGACUGUGGUUGUGAUAUUCUACGGCACUGCCAACUUCAAUUAUAACAGACCCAGUUCAGGGUACUCCCUGGAUAUAGACACUUUGGUCUCUUCACUGUACUGCAUUGUAACACCCAUGUUAAAUCCAAUGAUCUAUAGCCUCAGGAAUAAGGAGGUAAAGGCGGCCCUUAUAAGAAUGGCCAGGAAGUAUUUCUCCUCAGCCUAG